AUAUUGUCAUUUGUCAUAUUUAAUGAUCAUAUUGUGUUCAAGUGAAAGUCUCGUCGUGUCAUCGAUCGAUUAAUCUCGACGAUCAUCGUGAGUUUCACUUUUGUUUCAGGAUUUCUCAUGUGAUUUCUGACAUUCAGUUCUUCCAGGGUUAGUUUCAGGAAUCUGGGAAUCAUUCGUGUUAUCUGAUCAAUUCGACAAACUGUUCUUGUUAUUGAUUUUGGGUUUUUAAUCUUUGGAUUCCGCUGGAGAAAUGUCUGACAGCACUGAAGAGCCUGUGUUUGUGGACGAGCUGAACGCUGCACUGGAGGAGUUACAGAGAUACAAGAAGCUCAUUGUGUUUGCAGAUGAUGAAAGGUCCAGAUUACUGCUGGAGAAGCUUGCAGCAGAUUCUGAGAAGAAAAAAGCCCAGACAGAAACCGAAAGUUGGAUCAAUUCUGAAGACAAAUACACUGAACAGUUUCAGAAAGAUCUGGAAGAAAUCCAGGAAGAGCUGAAGAAUCUGUCUGGAGUCAAUCAGGAUCUGAAGAGAGAAUCUGAAGAUCUUCAGAUGAAGCUUCAACUCAAGAGGACUGAAACUGACGCUCUGCAACAGAGAUUUAAGAUUAAAGCUGAAAUCCCAGUGAAAAGAGUGAAGUUUACUCAUCCUGUGGAAGAUGACAGCGAGGACAGAGAUGAACAUGUGGAAUCGGUGUUCACCAUCACCCAGAGACCAUCAUAUCUGCUGAAGGGCGGUCACGCUCUCAUCACGUUUGAGAAGGAGAAUGUGUCAGAGCAGAUCCUCAGACUGGCGAAGUGUUCUGUGUCCUGUGACGAAACCAAGAUGGAUGUCAAACCGUACGCUUUAACUCUUGAGCCCUCAGUGAAAUUUGAGGUUCAUAUUAAGGUAUCAAAGAAGACUAUUAAGUUCCGCAAUGCUCCGCCCAUUUUACCUGAGGAGCGAAUGAGAGACCGUCUGGAGCUGUCGUUCUCUCGAGCGAGUCGUGGAGGAGGAGAGGUGGAAAACGUGCAGUACGACAAGCAGAACGGCACGGGACACGUCACCUUCCUCAACACUGGAGUGGCAGAGAAUUUGGCCCUCAGAGGAAAGUUCUGUGUGGAUACGGAGAGUGACAUGCUGGUGGAUGUUCUUCCUCUGUAUCAGUACCAACUCAAGAAAUUUCAAACAUACUCGGGCGUCCCGAAUCGCACCGUGCUGCUGGGAGGAAUUCAGGAUGUGAUGGAUGAAGAAGAUAUUCAGGACCAUCUAGAAAUCCACUUCCAGAAGCCCAGUAACUACGGCGGAGAAGUUGAGAACAUAAAAUACGUCCCAACUGGAAAACAGCUGAUGGCGUUCUUCAGUGAGGACAACACUGAUACUGAUGCUUGAGAUUCAAUGAUUCAGUUUAUAAUGUAUUGAUUCAUUAGUUAUUGGGUAAAUGGGAUUUUUACAUUUAUCACUGCUCUCAUUUUGUCUAAGAGCAUUUAGCUUUUUCACAAUCUUUUUUUAAUUAACAAUAUGACUUAUAAAAUAUCAUUAAGUAUAAAUACAAAAUAAAUAAAGAGAAACAAAGAAGAUGUUUUAGUAGGUUAUGUAUGCAGUUACAUCGGCUGUUAAUAUUGUCAACAAUUGAGACAAUUCCACUGGAGAAAAUCAUAUUUACUGUGAAACUUGUUUAAAAGCUCUGCACAGGUCAUAAAACACAUCAUAUGAUUGAUGUUGGAGCUCUAUAUGAAAAUAAAAUGUGUAUAAUA